GCAGUUGCGCCACCGGGAGGUGGCGGAAGCACCACAACCGUCUAUGCUUUCGACGAUCGUCCGGAGCAGAGCAAUGCACAGGCAUGGGUAGAAGAGGUCGGAGGUGUGGCCACCUCUGUCCGCACUAUCGAAUGUGCUGAUUUGCUGCGCCUGUUUGGCCAAGCAGUAUACAUGAAGAUCGAUGUGGAAUCCAGUACCAUCGAUUGUUUGGACUCCCUGGUGCAAUCUCAAAGAGAUGCUCCCGGCCGGCAGCCCGUUCUGCCGAAAUUCCUUUCCAUGGAGCUGGAGGCGGCAUCGCUGUUCAAUCCCUUCCACAGAAAGCUGAAAGAGUUGGGCUAUCUCUUCUACAAAGCCUGUCGUCAGUAUGUCUAUUCCCCUUCGCCCUGCGAGCAAGGGCGAUACAGCAGAGAGGUGCCGGGCUGUGGAAGUGGUCCCUUCGGUGUGGCCGCUGUGGACUACCUCCGUGGCUUGAGGUGGAGCCCCAUCGACGAGUUACCAACCGACACGCAGUGGGUAGAGGAGUUUGAGAAGGGCCUUGAUUGGCCUUGGCCUUACGCCGGCGAUUUGGUGCUCAUGCGACUGGGAAUCCUUGAGAAGCGUAAGGUUCGACUUGCAUGCCAUGCGAGUGGCAUAGAUCCAAUCAGCAAAUCAAGGGAAAAAGGUGCCUACGGUUUUUACAAGGCAGGCAGCGUGUCCGGCUGCCCAGGCCCUCGCUGCUGGGAGGAGGAGGUUGCGGAGCGCUCAUGGCCCAGCGCUCAGCGAAGCUCGCGUGGACGUCGGGACGCGGCGGCGGCUUUCUUGCAUCAGGUGGCCAGUGGCAUGAUGGUGGAGAAGGAUCCGCAGGCGGGCAUGCUUCCCCGUUUCCUCUCCUCGCGGAAGGUAAUGCCGACUGGCCUCGUGUCGCUGCUUGGGCUCAUGGCCUUGGCUUACAACUGCAUGCAGCUCAGAAAAUGGUGGGAUCCAGAGGAUCUUCCUUUCAUCAAGCUGAAGGCCUAG